CUACUGAACUUAGAAAAAGCCCGCCGAUGUGGGCUGGGGUAACAGAAGAUAAGUACUUUUACUGCUCGCGCCACAUCUCAGCAUCAGCAUCACUUCAUCCAAGCUUUACCAAUUAUCUCAUCCUCAGACUUCACCAUUAUCGCAUGAAAGAUUCAGCGAGAGUACACGCUUAACAACCCACCCACACAUACAUCACAAUGGCACCAGGCGCCAUCUUCGAGGAGCCCAAUGUGGCUGAGAACUUCAACGACCACCGCGAUGGUCUUGCGCUCGAGGCUACAUCAGACGCCAUCGACAACGUCAACGUCCUCAAGGCCGCUGUGAAGGUCAAGCAGGGCACUGCCACACAGGAAGAGAAGGACAUCUACGCACAGUCCGCGUUCGACUCAGAGAAGGACAAGACACAGUUCCGCCAGUACGAGGAGGCAUGCGACCGCGUCAAGAACUUCUACCGCGAGCAGCACGAGAAGCAGACCGUAGCCUAUAACCUGCGUGCCCGCAACCACUUCCACGGCAAGACCCGUGCUGAGAUGACUAUCUGGGAAGCUAUGGAGAAGCUCAACACACUGAUUGACGAGUCCGACCCCGACACAUCUCUCUCCCAGAUCGACCACCUCCUCCAGUCUGCUGAGGCUAUCCGCCGUGACGGCAAGCCCCGCUGGUUCCAGCUCGUAGGUCUGAUCCACGACCUCGGCAAGCUCCUUUUCUUCUACGACGCCCAGGGCCAGUGGGACGUCGUCGGCGACACAUUCCCCGUCGGCUGUGCCUUCGACAAGCGGAUCAUCUACCCCGACACCUUCAAGAACAACCCAGACUACAACGACGAGAUCUACAGCACCGAGCACGGCAUUUACGUGCCCGGCUGCGGUCUUGACAACGUCAUGCUGUCUUGGGGCCACGACGAGUACCUCUACCACAUCAUGAAGGACCAGUCGACCAUUCCUGACGAGGGUCUGGCUAUGAUCCGUUACCACUCUUUCUACCCCUGGCACAAGGAGAACGCGUACAGGUGGAUGAUGAACGAGAAGGACCACAAGAUGCUGGACGCUGUCCGGGCAUUCAACCCUUACGAUUUGUACAGCAAGUCUGAUGACAUCCCCAAGGUUGAGGAUCUUAAGGAGUACUACCUUGGUAUUAUCGAUGAGUACAUUGGCAAGGAUAAGAAGAUUAAAUGGUAGAUGUUGAUCGGUUCUCAUAAAGUUCUGCGUGAUUUGAUAAUGAUACAUAGCGGCACGGAGAGCCAAGAAAGGCCCG